AUGGACACAGUAAAGCGCAAAGAAGAUCCCACAAAGCACAACACUGAUGUUAUAGAAUUUUACGACGAAGGAUCCCCGGCUUCUUCUUUGAACAUUCCCACAGAGAAAGCCAACCCAAGCCCGUCGAUUUUGAAAAGAUUUAUUAACAGGGCAACGUGGCUUUCUAAGAAAGUGGAUGCAAUGGGAGUGGAAUCUACAGGUAUUCAAAGGAUAUCUCCCUAUGAGAGAGGAACAUCAAAAAAGCAGUUUUUGCAUGUUGCGGGGCUAUGGUUGAGUGCCACAGGUGGUUUAUCUUCCAUGUCAUCGUUUUUGUUGGGCCCUUUGCUUUUCGGUUUAAGCUUUAGAGAAUCAUUAGCCUCCAGUUUGAUAUCAGUGACAAUUGGUUGUUUGAUUGCUGCCUAUUGCUCGAUCAUGGGACCACAGUCCGGUUGCAGACAGAUGGUAACAGCUAGGUACCUAUUUGGAUGGUGGUUUGUUAAAUUGGUUGCAUUAGCGUCCAUUAUUGGUGUCAUGGGUUGGUCUGUGGUCAAUUCCGUGGUUGGAGGUGAAAUGCUAGCUGCUAUUUCUGACGAUAAGGUACCCCUAUGGGUAGGAAUCGUUAUAGUGACCGUAUGCUCUUUCUUGGUCGCCAUUUUCGGCAUUAAACAAGUCAUUAAAGUGGAAACUUACUUGUCCGUCCCCGUCUUGACAGCAUUUUUAUUACUGUACAUUUCAUCCAGUGAUAAAUAUAGCUUCGUCAAUACAUAUGUUUCAAAGGGAAAUUUGGACUCUUCCACUCGAAAGGGCAACUGGAUGAGUUUUUUCUCAUUAUGCUAUAGUAUUACGGCUACUUGGGGGUCUAUUACUGCAGACUAUUAUAUACUAUUUCCGGAAGAUACACCUUAUAUUCAAAUUUUUUGCCUAACGUUUUUCGGGACAUUUCUGCCUACUUGCUUCGUCGGAAUCCUUGGUCUUUUAUUAGCUUCCGUUUCCAUGUCAUACAAGCCUUGGGCAGUUGAAUACGAUACCCAUGGCAUGGGUGGUCUACUUUGGGCAGGUUUUAAGCGUUGGAACGGCUUCGGAAAAUUCUGCGUGGUGGUACUAGUAUUCAGUUUGGUGUCCAACAACAUCAUCAAUACAUAUUCCGCAGCAUUUUCCAUUCAACUUUCUAGUGUCUUCUGUGCGAAAAUACCUCGUUGGUUCUGGUCUAUCGUUUGUACCAUCAUUUGUUUGGUAUGCGCAUUAAUAGGUCGUAAUCAUUUUAGUACAAUUUUGGGAAAUUUCCUACCGAUGAUAGGUUACUGGAUUAGCAUGUACUUUAUUUUAUUAUUCGAAGAAAACUUGAUAUUCAGAAAGUUUUUCUUACAUCUUUACACUAAAGAGUUUCCUACAGCUACAGACGAAAUAAAGGGACCAGAACCCAUCGGAUCUUCGAAAGAAAUCGAGAAGAAUACAGUAACAAAUAUUCAUUUGUUAAAAAGGAAACAUAAGGUGACCAAACAUCGUUACAAUUGGGACAAAUGGGAAGAUUAUGAGGUUUUAACACACGGUUACGCAGCAACAUUCGCAUUUGUUGUAGGAGUUGCUGGUGUGGUAGUUGGUAUGGCACAAGCCUACUGGAUUGGUCCAAUUGCUGCCAAAUUCGGUGAAUAUGGUGGUGAUGUUGCCAUGUGGUUAAGUAUGGCAUUUUCAGGCCUCGUAUAUCCACCUUGUAGAUAUUUAGAACUACGUAAAUUUGGCCGUUAA